CACGUCGGACGGCGGCGCCGCCAGCGGCAGCGGCAGCCGGCCCCGGUCGCGGUCCCGUCCCGGCCAUGCGGCUGUCGCUGGUGUUGUCGGUGCUGCGGCCCGCCGGGCCCGUCGCCAUCGGCGUCUCGCUGGGCUUCACCCUCAGCCUGCUCAGCGUCACUUGGGUGGAGGAGCCCUGCGGGCCGCCGCCGCGCCCCGCCACCCGCCCGCACCCGGACGGCGGCCCCGCGCCACCCCCUGGCCCCGCCAACGGCAACGCGGCGCGCAGGCCCAACGCCGUGCCCGCCGCGCUGGGCGCUGACAACUGGGAGCCCCGCGUCGUGCCCUACCGCCCGCCCAGCCCCGGCAGGGCCGCCAAGAAGGCCGUCAGGACCCGGUACAUCAGCACCGAGCUGGGGAUGCGGCAGCGGCUCUUUGUGGGUGUGCUGACCUCCAAGAACACGCUGAACACACUGGGGGUGGCUGUCAACCGCACGCUGGCCCACCGCCUGGAGCGCCUGGUGUACUUCACCGGCACACGGGGCCGCAAGGUGCCCCAUGGCAUGACGGUGGUGACACACAGUGACGAGCGGCCCAUCUGGAACAUGUACCAGACCGUCAGGUACCUUCUGGACCACUAUGUGAACGAUUUCGACUGGUUCUUCCUGGUGCAGGAUGAUACCUACACGGAGGCGCACCGCAUCAGCCGCCUGGUUGCCCACCUCAGCAUUGACACCCACCUCUACCUGGGUCGCCCUGAGGAGUUCAUUGGUGGGGACACUGAGGGACGUUAUUGCUAUGGAGGGUUUGGCUACUUGCUGUCGCGCAGCCUCCUCCUGCUCCUGCAGCAGCACCUGGAGAGCUGCCGCAAUGACAUCCUCAGUGCCCGGCCUGAUGAGUGGCUGGGCCGCUGCAUCAUUGACUACACAGGUGUCAGCUGUGCUGAGGAACAUGAGGGUCUGCAUUACCACUAUUUUGAGCUGGGGAAGAACGCAGACCCCGAACGGGAGACCGACCUCCGUUUCCAGAGCGCCUUCACUGUCCACCCUGUGCUGGAUCCCCUCCAGAUGUACCGGCUGCACAAGUACUUUGCACAGGUGGAGCUUGAGAGAACCUAUCAGGAGAUCCAGCAGCUCCAGAUGGAGAUCCAGAACGCCAGCAGCCUGUCUGUGGACGGGGACCACAUCGCCACAUGGCCCAUUGGCAUCCCGCCCCCAUUCCAGCCCAAAACUCGCUUUGAGGUGCUGCGCUGGGACUACUUCACAGAGGAGCAGGUCUAUGCCUGUGUGGAUGGCUCCCCCAAGUGUGAGCUGCAUGGUGCAGAUCUGGCAGAUGUGGCUGAUGUGGUGGCCACAGCCAUGGAGGAGCUGAACCGCAAGUACCAGCCAGUGCUCCACAUCCGCAAGCAGCAGCUGGUGAAUGGCUACCGGCGCUUUGACCCCACUCGUGGCAUGGAGUACACACUGGACCUUCAGGUGGAGGUGGUCACCCAGAAAGGGCACAGCCGCUCCGUCACUAAGCGAGUGCACCUGGUGCGGCCCCUCAGCGAGGUGGAGAUCAUCCCCAUGCCCUAUGUGACAGAGGCCAGUCGCAUCAAUGUCAUCCUGCCACUGACAGCCCAUGACCGGGACUACGCCGCCCGCUUUCUGGAGGCUUAUGCAGCAGCCGCUUUUGAGAGCAGUGAGAAUGCAGUGCUCACCUUCCUCUUCAUCUAUGACCCCUUUGAGGCCCAGCAGGUCACCCAGAAUGAUAUCUUUGCCUCUGUGAAGUCCCAGAUCACCGAGUAUGAGCGCAAGUAUGCAGAGGUAAAGAUCCCUUGGAUCAGUGUUAAGACAGAUGCACCCUCCCAAAUCAAGGUCAUGGACAUUAUCUCCAAGAAGCACCCUGUGGACACGCUUUUCUUUGUGGCUGGUGUGGGGACAGAGGUCACCGUUGACUUCCUUAACCGCUGCCGGAUGAACACCAUAAACAACUGGCAGGUUUUCUUCCCCAUCCACUUCCAGGGCUACAACCCAGCCAUUGCUUACCACAACCAGGUGCCACCCACCACACUGGACCUGCUGAGGGACAUGGGGCGCUUUGACCGUGACGUCUUCCAUGAAGCCUGCUUCUACAACGCUGACUACAUGGCAGCACGCACCCGCAUGGCAGGGGACGUGCAGGAGAAUGAGGACAUCCUGGAGACCCUGGACAUCUACGACAUGUUCAUCAAGUACUCCAACCUCCAUGUCUUCCGGGCUGUGGAGCCUGCCCUGCUGCAGCACUACCGGCACCAGGCCUGCAACCCCCGGCUCAGCGAGGACAUCUACCACCGCUGUGUGCAAAGCAGCCUGGAGGGCGUAGGCUCUCGCUCCCAGCUGGCCAUGGUCCUUUUUGAGCAGGAGCAAGGGAACAGCACCUGAACCCUGGAUGGUGGAGGGGCUGGCCCUGCCAUGUUAUGCCUGCCUGCCUACUCCAUUUCUUUUUCUGCCCUAAUCUGUCUUCCUUCUACAGUGGCUGCAGGGAUUGCUGGUGUCCAAGCUCAUGACUUGCCCCACUGGGGCUCCCCAGGCCGGGGUCUGCCAGCCAAGGGUACCUGGGUCUUUCUCAAGCAGCCCUGGCUGUGCAGACCCCGGGCAUGAUGGGGUCAGAGUCACUGAGCUGCAAGCUGGAACACCUGGCUCCUCAUUCAGAGCUGGUGGCUGCUGGCCCCAUCCCUCUGUCCCGGCCCUGCUGCUGAGCACUGGGGAGGAUGGGCUGCCAUGUCUCUUGCUGUCCCCCCUUAACUGGGGGAAUGUAGAGCCCAAGGUCCCCCUUCUGCAGGGCUGUGACUGCCACAGGGCCUGGAGUGAUCCCUUCUAGUUUUCCCAGUGUCCUGGGACAGGAAUGUGCUCCUUGCUCCUUUGGAGCAUUGGCCUGGUUGUACAGGGAAGAACAUGUCCCUGUGCCUGCCACAAGCUUGGACAGUGGAAUGGGGCACAUCCCAUCCCAAAAGAGCAAUAAGGAUGUUAUUUUUGGGGUUUUGCCACUUGGCAAUGAGCUGGAGUGCUCCUGGCUGGUUGGGGUGUGAGGAACUUGGUCCCCUGGGGCCUGUGGGUGUAGGGGGUGCCAGAGGGGAUCCUGCUGAUUUCAUGUACCGUGAGCUGCUCCCCAUGGGAACCAUGACCCAGGCCACUUUGGCCUUCGCAGUAUUGAUAGGACGUCGGAGGUCACAGCCCUCAGACGAGAGCCUCCUGACAGAGGUGGGAUCCCUCCCCACUGUGGGGCUGCCCUCAGGGUCAAGAGGCAUUGUGCCUGACACUGAUGGGCAUGGCAGAGGGUUUGGCUGUGCAUCUCCUAAGGAGAAAGCGACUGAGGAGCCACUCACUGCUCCUGGUUUGUAUUUAAUAGGGGGGAAAGGAGCGGGGAUGGGGUGCAUUUACACUAAUAAAAUGGAGAGAUGUACUGGUGGGUCUGGCUGAUUCUCUCAUGAGGCAACUAUGGGUGUUCUGCUGGGGGUCUUCGUGGUGGUAGGUGCUGGCUGCUUGUUUAAGUUCUGUCUGCAGCUGGCUGGAAAGUUUCCUUACAGAGAUCCUGCUUUCCCCAAGCACCUGCAACAUUCUUUACCUGAGCAGGGAGAUGCCUGCUUCUUAAGGAGGCUGUGGGAGCCCAUUGCCUUAUGGACAGGCUGGCAGAUGUGCCAAGCAGACACUUGGAAAUACCUGCUUGAACCGCUGCAGCUUGCAGCAGGAGUCCUGCACUUCCUCUGAUGCUCAUGAUCUCUGGGGCUGUCCUGCUGUAGCUGCCUGUUGCCAUCACUGAUGGUGUGGCAGGAUGUUGAGCCCCUUGAAGUGGGAAGUCCAGAGCAACGUGCUGAUUGCCCUGUUUUUCCUGUUGCUGUAAACUUGUGGUCCCACUGACCAGUCCUCCUCAGCCCUGUCUAUGGGUGGAAAAGCACCAGUAAAUGGCUGGUGGAGCUGUGUGCCCUCCCACAUCUGCUAUCUCUGUAACAACCUUCGUGGUCUGUAUGUGAGUAAUGGGGGACUCCUGGCCCAUGUCACAGCAGUUGUUGGCUGCUCAAGUGAGGUGAACUCUGCUCUCCGGGAUCUGGGACCAGCUCUGAAGGAAGCUCCCAGGCCAGAAACUGGAUCUGAGCACUGUGUUGGAUCACUGGUGCCGGAUCUGCUCUCUCUGCAUUGCUCUCACUCUUUUUUGGGCUGUUUUACAUCUCAGGGCUUCUCAGCACUUGUGUUUUCCAGUUCUUAGUUGGGUAGAGCACUGUGGUCCUGUCCUGGACUGUUUCAUCACCUAGAGCUCCUAUUUGCAUUAUGAGGUGUGGGGAAUUACUCAUCAUGUUUUACUGCUUCAUGAAGCACACGUAUCAAAGAGACACCCCCAAGAAAAUUAACUGAACCUACUCACUAUUACUUAUCAAGGCUGCUAGUGCUCAGCUAAACUCAUGGAGGACCCCUGGGCUGUAUGGUAUGCCUUUUCCAGGGAUACCUCAUUCAUCUCUUCCUGCGCCAGUCUCUGUAUCCAUGGUGUAGGAGUGUAUAUGUUUAAAUAUAAUUUUAUUAUAUUUCAGACAGUAACUGUUAGCUUGUUCUGAGUAUUUCUAUUUUUGAUCUUCCCUGAGCACAUCCUUAAUUCCCUUCAAGUGGAAAUCUGGGGCAGAGGGAGCGAGGCAGAUGCAGGUGUGUUACAGAUACAUUUAUCCUUUGAAAAGUGGACCAAGUAGUAAGAUGUGAUUAGGCAUUAGAAGAGUAUCCAAAUGGUAAUAAAGCGGCUUCAAAUCAAA